AUGGACACUCUCACCACCCAUCCCGCAACCGCGCAGCAAGCAAAGGCCUUUACGUCGCCUGCCUCGCUCUCUUUCCCAGGUGGCGCUGGUGAUUUGACUCCGCCAUCGUCGGAGAAGGAUGCAUCGCAGCAACAGAGCAACGGUGUGAACGGCGUGACGCCUGCAACUCCGGCCGCCACUCCUGCCGCUGGCCAGGGCGUGAGCGGCAUCGUACCGACCUUACAAAACAUCGUUGCCACCGUCAAUCUCGAUUGUCGCCUGGACUUGAAGACGAUUGCAUUGCAUGCUCGCAAUGCAGAGUACAAUCCAAAGCGUUUCGCCGCUGUCAUUAUGCGUAUUCGCGACCCCAAAACCACCGCACUGAUCUUCGCCUCUGGCAAGAUGGUCGUCACUGGUGCAAAGUCCGAAGACGAUUCGAAGCUGGCGUCACGCAAGUACGCGCGCAUUAUUCAGAAGCUGGGCUUCAAUGCAAAGUUCACCGAUUUCAAGAUCCAGAACAUUGUAGGUUCAACGGACAUCAAGUUCCCCAUUCGUCUUGAAGGUUUGGCCAGUCGCCAUCACAACUUCAGCUCUUACGAGCCCGAGUUGUUCCCUGGUCUCAUCUAUCGCAUGAUGAAGCCGAAGAUUGUGCUCCUCAUCUUUGUCUCUGGCAAGAUCGUCCUCACUGGUGCCAAAGUUCGCGAGGAAAUCUACCACGCCUUUGAGCUGAUCUACCCUGUGCUAUCAGACUUCCGUAAAUCUUGA